AGUAUACUAAUGUAAAAUAAUCAACACAUUUAACUACAAUAAGAAAUGACUCCAACUCCAAACGAGUCUUCACUUUCUGAGGGAGUUCAUCCAUCAAUAUAGAAUUAAUAAAUCCAAAUAGGAUAUCCAAUAUAAUAAACAAUUCCACCAUAAUAAAUAAUUCAUCAAGUUCCUUAUCAAUAAUAACCUUAUUCUUAAAAUGAAUAACCAAUUUACAAUCCUUAACCUAUUUAAUUUAGUAAAAAUAAAAUUAUAUUGUAGUUUAACCAAUACAUACUAAAUACCCUAGUAUAAUAACAUGUGUUCACUGUUAAAAAUAAGUGUAAACUGUUGUAAAUUAUGAACCAGGUACUGGAACAUAUGUAGUUGGAGGAUUAUUAGCAGCUAUAGGACUUUGGUUAGGGUAUAUCUAAAUUUAAAUUUAAAAGUUGUUGUCUAAUACCAUGUUUCAUGUAGGAUUGUAAAGAUGCAGUUCAUUUUUGUCCAUCCUGUCAAGCCAAUGUUGGAAGGAAAAGAUUUAUUUUCGAAUGA